GAGGAGGAAGAGGAAGAGGAAGGGGGGGCGGUGACUGAUCCUCCUCUGGCUCUCUCUGUCUCUCACGCUCCUACCCUGUUCAGGCUGACACUCUCCUGCUCCCUUGCGUCCGUUUCCCCACCCAGACUCCUGGCUCCUUGAGGCUGAAUUGAGGGGGGAGUGUCUGGGGAGAGAGGAUCAGGAUUUUUUUUGGGACGGUGGUGUUGUGAAUUCCACCCCUCCACCUAAUCACCUGGGUUCUCCUCCACUCCUGCUCAUUGGGGGGUCUCAUCAUUUUUUUUUAAGGAAGAGGGUGCUGUAAAUUAGUUUAUUUGGGGGGGUGGGGGGUGAGUGGUAAAAGGACCUUAUUGCUUUCCUCCCCUCUCCCUCCCUCCUUUUCCUCCCCCUCCUCCCUCUCCCUUCUCCGGGUGCUGCUGCUGCAAGCCCCGCAGUAUGAGGUGGUGCUGGCUGCUGAGGCCAGGGGGCUGGUGGCUGCUCCUGCUGCCCGGGGGGCACUGAGAGCCAGCCGGGGUGGGGGGUAGGGGGAAUCGGAAGAUUUUUUAUUUUCCCUCCCUCCAUCCGAAAGGACGCGACUGAUUUAUGAAGACCCUGUGUGGACAGUAAUGACCGCACGCUUCCGAUUGCCAGCUGGCAGAACUUACAAUGUACGAGCAUCCGAGCUGGCACGAGACAGGCAACACACAGAGGUGGUCUGCAAUAUCCUUCUCUUGGAUAACACUGUACAAGCUUUCAAAGUCAAUAAACACGAUCAGGGACAAGUUUUGUUGGAUACAGUCUUCAAACAUCUUGAUUUAACUGAGAGAGAUUAUUUUGGUUUACAAUUGGCUGACGAUUCUACAGACAACCCAAGGUGGCUGGAUCCAAACAAACCAAUAAGGAAGCAGUUAAAAAACAUACUUCUAUUAAUUCUAGGAGGAUCUCCUUACAGUUUGAACUUGAGAGUCAAAUUUUUUGUAAGUGAUCCCAACAAGCUACAAGAAGAAUAUACAAGAUACCAGUACUUUUUGCAGAUUAAACAAGACAUUCUUACUGGAAGAUUGCCCUGUCCUUAUAAUACUGCUGCCCUUUUGGCUUCCUUUGCUAUUCAGUCUGAAUUGGGAGACUACGACCAUUCAGAAAACUUGCCAGGCUACCUCUCUGAUUAUUCUUUCAUCCCUGGUCAGCCUCAAGACUUUGAAAAAGAAAUCACAAAAUUACAUCAGCAACAUAUAGGCUUAUCUCCUGCAGAAGCAGAAUUCAAUUAUCUCAACACAGCUCGAACCUUAGAACUAUAUGGAGUUGAAUUGCACUAUGCAAGGGAUCAAAGUAAUAAUGAAAUUAUGAUUGGCGUAAUGUCAGGAGGAAUACUAAUUUACAAGAACAGGGUACGAAUGAACACCUUUCCAUGGUUGAAGAUUGUAAAAAUUUCAUUUAAAUGCAAGCAGUUUUUUAUUCAGCUUAGAAAAGAAUUGCAUGAAUCUAGAGAAACAUUACUGGGAUUCAAUAUGGUGAAUUAUAGAGCGUGUAAGAAUUUGUGGAAAGCAUGUGUAGAACAUCACACAUUUUUCCGUUUGGAUAGACCACUGCCACCUCAGAAGAAUUUUUUUGCACAUUAUUUUACUUUGGGUUCAAAGUUCCGAUACUGUGGGAGAACAGAAGUCCAGUCUGUACAAUAUGGCAAAGAAAAGGCAAACAAAGACAGAGUAUUUGCAAGAUCCCCAAGCAAACCUUUGGCACGGAAAUUGAUGGAUUGGGAAGUAGUGAGUAGGAAUUCAUUGUCUGAUGAAAGAUUAGAAACACAAAGUUUACCAUCACGCUCUCCACCUGGAACGCCAAACCAUCGCAACUCUGCAUUUACACAAGAGGGAACCCGACUACGACCAUCUUCAGUUGGACACUUGGUAGACCAUAUAGUCCACACCUCUCCAAGUGAAGUUUUUGUGAAUCAUAGAUCUCCAUCAUCAACACAGGCUAAUAGCAUCAUUCUGGAAUCAUCACCAUCUCAAGAGACUUCUGAAGAUGGGCAGCCUCCUGCAUUACCACCUAAACAAUCUAAGAAGAACAGUUGGAACCAGAUUCAUUUCUCACAUUCCCAGCAAGACCUGGACAACCAUAUUAAUGAAACAUUUGAUGUUCCUGCUUCACCUGAAAAAUCUACACCCAAUGGUGGUAUUCCUCAGGAUAAUCUUGUCCUGAUCAAAAUGAAACCUGAUGAGAAUGGAAGGUUUGGAUUCAAUGUAAAGGGUGGAUAUGAUCAGAAGAUGCCUGUGAUAGUUUCUCGUGUGGCUCCAGGAACACCAGCUGACCUCUGUGUCCCUCGAUUGAAUGAAGGGGAUCAAGUUGUACUAAUUAAUGGCAGGGACAUCGCAGAACAUACCCAUGAUCAAGUUGUCAUGUUUAUUAAAGCUAGCUGUGAGAGACACUCAGGGGAACUUGUGCUCCUAGUUCGACCCAAUGCUGUUUAUGACGUAGUAGAAGAAAAAUUUGAGAAUGAACCAGACUUCCAGUAUAUCCCUGAGAAAUCACCACUAGAUGGUGUCCAUCAAAAUGAUAAUGCGUUGAGGGAAUCGAUGAUCCAGCUUGCUGAGGGUCUUGACAGUGGAACAGUCCUUACACAGUUUGAUCAACUCUAUAGGAAAAAGCCUGGAAUGACAAUGUCUUGUGCCAAAUUACCUCAAAAUAUUUCCAAAAAUAGAUACAGAGACAUUUCACCUUAUGAUGCUACACGGGUCAUUUUAAAGGAUAAUGAUGACUACAUCAAUGCAAAUUACAUAAAUAUGGAAAUCCCUUCUUCCAGCAUUAUAAAUCAGUACAUUGCUUGUCAGGGGCCAUUACCAAACACUUGUACAGAUUUUUGGCAGAUGACUUGGGAGCAAGGUUCCUCCAUGGUUGUAAUGUUGACAACACAAGUGGAACGAGGAAGAGUUAAGUGUCACCAGUAUUGGCCAGAACUCACAGAAAGUUCAUUGUAUGGGAAUUUCCAGGUCACCUGCCAUUCCGAAGAAGGAAAUUCUGCCUAUGUCUUCAGAAACAUGACACUAUGUAACUUAGAGAAAAAUGAGAGUCGUCAACUCACCCAGAUUCAAUACAUAGCCUGGCCUGACCAUGGAGUCCCUGAUGAUUCAAGUGACUUUCUUGACUUUGUCUGUCAUGUGCGAAAUAAGAGAGCUGGCAAAGAAGAGCCUAUCAUUGUUCAUUGCAGUGCUGGGAUUGGACGAACAGGGGUUCUUAUUACUAUGGAAACAGCUAUGUGUCUCAUUGAGUGCAAUCAACCAGUUUAUCCACUAGAUAUUGUAAGGACAAUGAGAGAUCAAAGAGCCAUGAUGAUUCAAACACCUAGUCAAUACAGAUUUGUUUGUGAAGCUAUUUUGAAGGUUUAUGAAGAAGGAUUUAUUAAACCUUUAAAGACAUAGUUGCAUAAAUAAGAGAGCAAAAGGGCUGGGAUCUUUGUUGAGACAUUCUUGUCCGUUAUAACAGAACUGGCUGUAUCCACUGUGCCACCAUAAUACUACUUACAGACAAUGGCAUCAGAGAACAAUGAAGAAUUGAUAAAAGACUUAGAAAAUUCAGCACUGUUGCACUUUAUGUUGAAACAAAAGUCAGUCUCUCAAACUCUAUAACUCUUAUGUUUGAAGACUUUAUUUCAUUCUUUGCUCCAAACAAAAAAAAAAGAUAAAUGAGCUUAAAUGGGUUCAGAGUAAUUUAUGAAAUGUCAUGGUAAUGUUCAUCCAGUCCUCUUCUGGUGGAAGUGAUAAAAACAAGGCUUGGAAUUCUUACCAUCUAUGUUACACACCUGCAUCUUGGAAACAAAAAUAAGUAAACAUCAGACAUUAGCCACAGUCUUCUCCAGUGUUUCAUAUAUUUACAGUGUACUGGUUCUUUUUUUUUUUUAAGACAUUAGCAAUAUUCUGAAUAUUAGCCAAUACACUGCCUAUUAAUGUGGCACAUUUUACCCAACACUCCUUCGAAAUAGAUCUGCUGGUUAUUAGACGAAAAAUGGAAUUUUCUUUUGUUAGAAAGACGCUUAUUUGCCAGCAUCUUAUAAAAAAUAUAAAUAUGAACCUACAGAAUGCUUGCAAUGGAUAACAUGGCAGUCUCAGUCCAUAAAAUUGGUUUGUUUCAAGUCAUGUAACUUCCCAUACAUAAUGUAAAUGAAUGCAUGCGUUAUGUCUUAACCCCUUAAGUGCCUUGAGACUUCCCAAAUGGCUAAUGAAAAGGCACUCAUACAACCCUGUGGGGAAGGUGUGUAUAGUGUACAUUCUCACCUUUUUAUGCAUUUUGAAUGGGUUCACAUUUCUAAUGGUAUCUAGUAUUGGAAGUAUAUAGUGAUAUAAGGGGUCGAGAAAAUGUCAUUCCUUUUUAUUCAGUGGUUGCUUGUUCCUGUGAAAAACAAAGCUAUUUUGCUUACUGAGUAAAUAAGCAGUCUGCUGCUGUGAAAUUAUUUUAAAAUGUGGCACAUUCCGUUUGAGGGAGAGGGUUUUCAUUUCAGUGAGAGCUACUAGGUUCUUCAUAUCGGAUGUUUAAUUUUAUCUUUGCUGUCUUUUGGUGGCAAUAUGAAGAAUACAUUGAUACCACAGACAUAAAUCUGUAACAAUGACUUGUGAUUUUUUAUCUUCCCAUCCCCUACAAAAAUUUACUUUUCUAAACUCAUUUUGAUUGAUGUCACCUUAUGUCCACAUUGCUCUGUUUGGUUUGGUGUCUUUUAAGUAAGCAAUGGAGCGCUGUUGGUUUGUUUCUAGAUUUUCUUUCUUAAUUACUAUGACUGUGGUUUUUCUUGUCACUGUGGUGUACAGUUAUAUUGCCCCUGUUUGCCUGUGCUACUUAUUUAAAUUAUAUACAUAUCAGGAGGAAGAGUUUUAUCUCUCUAGUUGAUAUAAUAACAAGAAUUCAUUUUGGUUGUGUAUAUGUUUAUUUCCUUUUUUGUAACCUGUGGGAAGAAAGAAUUUUUUAAAUUGUCCAGUUUGAUAUACAUAGGGAUUUACUCAUCUAUUUUGAAUGUGAGAUGAAAAGAUAAUUUUAUAUAUAUGUGUAUAUAUAUAUACAUAUAUAUGUAUAUGUAUAUAUGUGUAUGUGUAUACGUAUAUACGUAUGCGUAUAUACAUAUAUUAUGACUGAGAAAAGAUACUAUUUACAAUUGGUUUUCUGAAGAUUUGUGUAUUGUCUUAAUUAUGUAGAGCAUAGGUUCAAAUGGGCAUUUUAGAAUGCCAUUUUUGGAUGUUAAAAAUGUUCCACACUGUGAGAGACUUCAGUAUAAUCUAAAUGAAUAAUUAUAAGUUAAUAGAAGUCUCAAAAAAUCAGUACCCGUGAGGUUUUGCAGGAUUUUAUACUAAACAGUAAAAUUACAUGAUAACUAAAGGUAAAUUCUGUUACUUGUUCCCAAAUAACAUAUUCUUCCCAAAAUGAACAAUGAAGAAAUAUAGUUGGUCCUGCUUAAAAAUCCUGUCCUCUACCAAUCACAGAUAAAUGCAAAGUAGAUGCCUAUAUAAUACCAGUAGAACUUAGUGAAAAGUAAAAAAUUCAGUCAAAUGGUAAGAUAAUCUUGUCUACAUGAUACCAAAUAACUAUUUUAACUAAUGUGUUUUUUUCCGUUAAACUGAAAAUUCAGCCAUUUGAUUUGUCACUGUAUAAAAAAAAAGUGAAAACCAGACCAUGGAGGAGGCAAUUGUAUGAAUAUGAAUAUGUGCAAACAUUAUGAUUGAUAUCUCUCAUCAGUGAGAGUUCAUCUUGAGCUAUUGUUGUCGACUGUAAUCAUUGGUUUUAUUUGAGUUCUUAUGCCGUCGUUAGUGCCUAUAAGUAAAUGGUAACGUUUUGAAUUGUCAUAAACAUAUUUAAAUGUC